AUGGUCAUCGGUGGCGGCUCUGGUAGCUUCAUCGACACACCAUGGAAGUUCAGCUUUCACCAAACCAUCUUACACGCUUUCUUCACCCUCUGCGAUGAGCUGCUCCGUAUGCAGCUCAGCCCACUCCCGCCAGCCGUUACUGUGCCCGACAUUCUCUUGGAGAAGGAGAGACUCGGCCAGGAGAUAGCAGCUGCUGUUGCUCAUGAAAGUACUCCACAAACUCAGUCCACGCCCAAGCAGGUUCAUUCGAGUCAAAAUCAAAGCUCUCCGGCCUGGGCUCUUCAAGUAUUAUCCAGUCGCCAGGCGUCGUCCUCCGCCAGAAAGGAUGAUUUUCAGCGGCAGGUUGACAUAUUGAAAGAUGAGAUCAAGGCCAAAAGGAUAGAUAUUUUGGAGCGUCAAGCGCUGUUAUCUCGAAGACGUUCCGAUGCUGAAUCGGCACAAUACGAACUGGCGGAGCGGGAGGCUUCCGUCUUGACCAACAUUCAGAACACGACGAAGAGGACCGAGCACCUGUGGCAUACCCUUCAUAGCAAGACUGCAGAGGCACGUAUUUUUCUUUGUCGUGAGGCAGCCCACUUGUACGGGUUGAGACAGCGGACCUCCAAAAGAAGUGAUGGCCGGCAUAGCUAUGUACUUGGUGGUCUAGGGAUAAUCGACCUGAAAGACCUGAAUGGCGCAAGUCCCGUGCAAAUAUCUACCUCGCUCUCGAACGUUGCCCGCCUGUUGGUCCUCGUCUCUCACUACCUUUCAUUGAGACUGCCCGCGGAAAUCACCUUGCCUCACCGAAAUCAUCCUACUGCGACCAUCUAUACUCUUGCUGCAUCGUACAAUUCCCGAAAUCUCUCUCACGGAUCCGAAGAUUCUUAUACUGUCCCAAGCAAUCCCGCGGGAUCGAGAACCGAACCUCGAGCUCGCACCCACCCACGCCCGCGACCGCUCUUUAUCGACACACCCCUCCCACGUCUAGCCAAAGAAGACCCUGGCACUUAUGCACUGUUUGUGGAAGGUGUUUCACUCCUUGCUUGGGACGUGGCCUGGUUGUGCAGGACACAAGGUAUCAACUUGAACUCCGACUCCUGGGAGGAUAUCUGUAACAUUGGGAAGGGGAUGUGGCAGCUACUCGUCGCUCCGCCAGCGCCAGCAUCCACAUUGAUGCGAGCGUUUGCGGGUCGAGACACGCAGAAAAUAAAGCCCACUAAGGAUUCGCCGCAAACUACCAUACAACGCACCAAAUCUUUUCCCAUGCUUGGACAUUAUUCCCAUGGUACGGCCCACUCGUUCCUCGCGGCAUCGGAAGGGGUGGAGUUCAUGCGGACAUGGAAGCUACCCACGCCGACCAGAAUUGCAGAUAAAUUGAAAGCUACACUCCUGGGAGAAAUGGCAAGUGCAGAAUGGGAAGUCCUCGACGAAAAAGAAUGGUUUGAGGGCAAUGCAGAUGCCCAAAAGCAAAAGGCACUGGAUUCGCACGAUACGACUGGUCAGUCGUCUACUUCCACAGUCACGCCAGGCGAGAGCGCUACGGGACAACAGCAAGGUUCCGUGCGGGCGACAGAGGAAGGUCGUCGGCCGAAAGGUACCAGUGGAUGGACAAAACUCAACAAUCGAUAG